AUGGCGGGCCUAUCUCUACAGAGCUUUGGGCUCGUGCCUAUGGAUGAAGAUAUCGCCCCCGAGUUCCGCAGACAUCCAAGCGCUCAUGACGGGCCAAGCCCAGUCAACUAUGCCGUCCUCCAAGAUGGAGACGUCGCAGACGCCGACUCCGAUGUCGAGGACCUAGAGCAAGACAUCGAAAAGCUCAACGUCUCCGUCCGAGCCUUCCUCGCCUCCCAAAACGGCGUAGCCCCCCGCCCAAAAUCCCCCCAAGCAGGACGCUCCGCCCCCCGCGGCCCGCGAAAAGCCGUCGAACCCCGCGGCGACAUCAAGGCGAGGCUCUUCAAGGCCAAUAGGGCCUUUAUGAUGGGCAACUACCAAGAGGCCAAAGACCUCGUCUUCGAAGUGAUCCGGAUCAACGCCGAGACGCACCAGGCGUGGACGACGCUUUCGUCCAUCUUCCGCGAGGAGGGUCAGGUGGACAGGGCGCUCAUGUCCAUGGUGUACGCGGCGCAUUUGAGGCCCAAGGAUGUGCAGGAGUGGCUUAAGUGCGCUUCUUUUGCUCUUGAGGUCGCUGAGGAGAACCGUGGGGUUGAUUUGAAUACGGCGCGCAUGUGUUAUUCUGCUGCUGUGAAUGCCGAUCCGAAGAAUAUGGAUGCGAGAGUCGGGAGGGCCAUCGCUUGUCAUCGGCUGGGUCAUAUUUCGCUCGCCAUUGCCGAUUACAAGUCCGUGUUGGCGCAGAGGCCGUUGGAUUUGGAGGUUAUUAGGAAGUUGGCGGAGGCGUGCAUGGAUUCGAAGAAUGUGGCCACGGCGGCUGCGGCGGCCGUUGAUGCGUAUGAUCUUUACUUUGGCCAUGUCGACGCCUUGCCGAUUACCUGGUAUGAUGUUGGCAUUUAUACCGAGCUGUUGGCUUAUGCUGGCCGGUACAGGGAUGCGAUUGCUAGGCUCAAGUCGUUGUCUCGUCGGCUUCUGGGCCGUGCGGAGGACAUGUUUUGGGAUCAGUUGGAGAUUGAUGAUAGGGAGUUUGACGAGGGCGAUGAGCGUCGGAUGGAGCUUCCCGAGUACGCGACCGCUGCUCAGCCGGGUCCGAUGGCGUAUGGACUUGGACUGCCAAGAGAUUUGCGUGUGCGUCUGGCUAUUUAUCGCCUUUCGGUCGAGGACUUUUCAGAGGCCUUGCAUCAUCUGAAGUACUUGGAUCCAUCCCGAGCGGACAUGGUGGCUGAUAUGGCUGCUUUUCCAUUCUUAAUCCGUGACCUCGCGGGUCAGCUUUUCGAACACGAGCUUAUAGCCGAAGCCCAGGCAUACUAUCAAUUCCUCCGUAGUCUCCCCGACGAGCCGGAUGCCCUGAUCCUCCUACAGCUGGGACGAUGCCACCUGCUGAAGGGAGAGUCAUCGGCCGCAGAGGAGUGUUUCCUUGCAGCGAUCGAGGCUGAUGUCGACAACAUCGACGCUCGUGUAGAGCUUGCUAAUCUCUACUCUACCGCCCACGAAGACGAGGAGGCUUUGAUUCUGGUCAACGAGGCCAUGACCUUGCAGGAGACACAAGCCGCCCUAGCCGGUGGUGCUGGCGCUGAUAGGGACAAGUUGAAGCCUGUCCCGCUCUCGCGGAGGUCGUACUACCUGCACCGGCCCAAGGGCGCCUCCGUCCGAUUCAAGGCCAAGCCGUCCGGAGUUAUCCCUACACGAUACCGCCCCAAGAGGCUGGUAGACCCGGACAUGAGGCGCCGAGAGGAGAUGGAAAGGGCCCAGCGGCUAUCGACGCAGUACCUCACGGUACAAGAUCUGAAGGCCAAGAUCCGCGAAGGGGACGAGGGUCUCGUCCCCGCGUGGAUGGCGGCUGCGAAGGAGCUCAUUGACGAUUUUAGGUCCUACCGCAAGUUUUACUCUUGGGAUAAGUACCUCAAGUUCUUGGGGCGGACGAAUGCUACUUUGCAGCAGCGCGAGGCCGGGCAGCUCUCGAAUCUGGAUGUGAUUGCAGAGCGCUUGUCAAAAGCUAUCAUCGUACCUCAAGCGCCUGACACCCAGGAUGGAGGUCUCCGCGAUACGAACUUUAAAGAAUACCAGGGUAUCUCCUUUGGGAACUGGCUUGAUUUGUUCCUUGACUACGCGCUUAGCCUUGCGGCGACGGGGCAGUAUGAGGAGUCGUACCGGGUGUGUGAGGCGGCUAAGGACUCUACGGUCUUUACUGUGUCGGAGGACAAUGUCUUUUUCAUCUACAUCACUUGGGGUACGUGCGCCAUCUACGCCGGCGACGAAGAAACCUGCGUCUCCAUCUCCCGCCAAAUCAUGCGCGACCACGUCCUCUCCUCCGACUCCUUCCGCCUCUUCUCCCUCCUCUGCAGGCUCUGCCAGAGUUCCAUCUCCUGGUACAGCUCGGGCCCCGCGCAAAAGUUCAUCCUCCGACAGAUCAAGGCCAUGGACGCCGCCGUUACAGCCUCGGGGAACGCGCCGGCGGGAGCUUCCGGCCAUACGCAUCUUGACGUGAGCCCGUUGAUGCUUUACGGGCAUAUUCUUUUUACGUCUACAAGCUACGUCUACGCCAUCCACUACUUCCUUCGCGCCCGCUCUCUCGACCCCUCCAACCCCGUCAUAAACCUAAGCCUAGGCCUAGGCUACAUCCACUACGGCCUCAAACGCCAAGCAGUAAACCGCCAAUACCUCAUCCUCCAAGGCCUCGCCUUCCUCCUAGACUACUACUCCAGCCUCGGCCCGCACCGCUCCGACGAGGCGAACUACGGCCUCGGCAGGACUUUCCAGCUCCUGGGACUUCAGCACCUCGCUCUCGACUACUAUCGGAAGGUACCCCUCGAGGUCCUCGCGCCGCGGACAGCCGGUGAAAUGCUUGAUGAAGGAGGUGAUGAGGUUGACGGUGUGACGGGGAGGAGCCAGCAUGAUGGCGGGAGGGUGGUGAAGAUGGCUGCGGCGUUUAAUAUGUGGGUUUCGUAUGUUCUGAGUAGGGAUCUGGAGGCUGCGAGGGAGGUGUUGAGGGCUCUUGUUUUGUAG